AUGACGACAACUUCUGCUUCCUCAAUGGCCAAGUUUACUCUCGAAGACCUCAAAGGUCAUGGGCCAGCACAGAAGUUGCCGGCCAUCCAGCAUACCACAGAAGGCUCAUCUACAACUUCCCGGAAAAGAAAAGCCGCUCAGCGAUCGAUCUUUCAAGGCUACAAGGGAGCAACUAUGCCGAAUGACCCUAAGUCAAAGACCGAUGUGUUAGGAGUGAUGAACGAAUCAGAACAGGAGCCCAGUCCCAGCGCCUCGGAUUCGGAAGACGAGCAGAAUGCGACCCCAAGGACGCUCACAAUAUCGGAGAGACGCAAGGCUCAGAAUAGUAAAUUCUCGGCAUGGUUAUCAAAGCGCGCCGCCAAGAUCACGAAUGAGGAGGUGCAAGCAGUGGUCGAAAAUGCUAACGAGGAGAACCUUUCGAUCCGUAGCCUAAUGGCAAAACAAGAGUCUAACGUAAUUAUCACUGAUCCGAGGGAGUAUCAAUUAGAGCUAUUUGAGAAAGCAAAGGGGCAGAACAUUAUAGCUGUACUUGACACUGGCUCCGGCAAGACUCUUAUAGCUGUCCUCCUCUUGAAGCACAUGAUCGACAAGGAGCUCGAGGAUCGAGCAAUGGGCAAGAAGCGACGCAUUUCGUUCUUUCUUGUGGAUUGUGUGACACUUGUUUUCCAGCAAUUCGCAGUGCUCGAAUGCAACCUAGAUCAAAAGAUUGAACGUUUUUGUGGAGAAAUGGGCUGCGACCUCUGGGUGAAAGAAACCUGGGCGAAACACUUUGCCGAGAACGAGGUCAUUGUGUGCACGGCAGAGAUACUCAACCAAUGCCUGAUGCACGCCUUUAUAUCGAUCGAUGAUAUCAAUCUUCUUAUCUUUGACGAAGCACACCACACUAAGAAAAAUCAUGCCUACGCUAGAAUUAUCAAAGACUACUAUGUUACCCAAGAUGACCCAGCGAAGCGGCCAAAAGUAUUCGGUAUGACUGCAUCUCCGGUUGACGCGAGAGAAGACGUGGUCAAGGCUGCGAAAGAACUCGAAGCAAUGUUACACAGCCAAAUAGCGACGACCUCCGAUCUUUCUCUUCUGCGAAUGUCAAUAAGUCGUCCCAACGAAAGCCUCGCAGUGUACGAGCGAUUGGGCUACGCCUACGACACACCACUUUCAUCGUCGCUGAAGGCGAAAUUCGGUGACUUCGAAGCCUUGGCCAAAUUCUUCAGGAAUGCCCGGGAAGCUACCUCGCAGCUUGGCGAAUGGUGCGCGGACCUUCUAUGGCGUUUCGUUCUGGAUGAGGAACAAGCGCUUAAAGUUGAGCGGAAGAUAGAACGGAAAUUCAAUCGAGACGCAAGAAAUCGUCCCGUGGCAAUGCUAGAUUCUGAGCUGGCCCGGUUGAAAGAGGCCAAGGAGAUGGUCAAGAAUUGGACGUUCGCUGAUCCCGACGUCUCAGGCAGCAGCCUGAGUUCAAAAGUCUUGCUCUUGUACCAGUACUUGAGCUUGAUCUUCGAGAAGCCGUCCGACGCCAAAUGCAUAAUUUUUGUCAAGCAUCGAUAUACUGCAAGGCUUCUUGCACAGCUUUUCAGCCGCAUCGGAACAGCCAACCUCCGCUUGGACUUAUUGAUUGGCAGUCGGUCUGGCGAUGUCGGCGACAUCAGCUUUAGUUUCAGGCAGCAAGUUCUGACUCUGAUGAAGUUCAGAAAAGGACAGAUCAAUUGCCUUGUUGCGACGUCCAUAGCAGAGGAAGGACUUGACAUUCCAGAUUGCAACCUGGUUAUCAGGUUCGAUCUUUAUGACACCCUGAUACAAUACAUUCAGAGCCGAGGACGAGCCCGUCAUGCGAAUUCGAGGUACAUACACAUGGUAGAGGAAGACAACAGACUGCAUCUUCAAGCGGUAGAUGAUGUUCGCAAAGGCGAAGCGGUGAUGCGAAAUUUUUGCGAAGCGCUUCCAGCAGACCGCUUGUUACAGGGCAAUGACUACAAGCUAGAGGGAGCACUGGUGAAAGAGAAGUCCUACAGGAAGUACGUCGACCCUGAAACAGGAGCCACUUUGACCUAUGCGUCUAGCCUGGUCGUCCUCGCCCACUUUGUGGGAUGCCUCCCGCACCGUGACGAGGACUACACCCAUAAGGCUACAUAUUGCAUGUCUGUUGAAAACAAAAAUUUCGUGUGUGAAGUGAUACUGCCCGAAAGCUCGCCUAUCCACAGUUCUACGGGCAGACCUUCGUCGAGGAAAGCCAUUGCAAGAAGAUCGGCCGCCUUCGAAGCAUGUCUCCUCCUUCGACAAAGCAAUCAUUUGGACAAGAAUUUGAUACCAACGUAUCAUAAGAGUUUGCCGCACAUGAGGAAUGCUCAUCUCGCCCUGAACAUGAAAAAGGCUCACUCUUACAACAUGAAGAUGAAGCCAGGGCUAUGGGAGAGGACCCGGGGCUCUCUCCCAAGCGAGGUUUUCCUAACAGUUCUCUCUCUGAAAAACCCAGAGAAUCUUGGAAGACCUUGCCAGCCUCUUGCCCUACUGACGAGGACACGACUGCCAAAUAUUCCGCCAUUUCCUCUCCACCUUCAGGUUGGGAAGGUAUCACAGCUUCUAUGCACGUCCAUCUCGACGAGCUUGCAUGUUAGCAGUACGGUAUUGACGGAAUUGAACGAAUUCACUCUUCGUAUCUAUUACGACAUCUUCAACAAGAAGUUCGAGGCAAAUGAGCCUCAGAUGUCGUAUUGGCUAGCUCCGAUAGUCGACUCUUGGAGAACCUCUCGUGAAUGUGAUCCGCCGAAUAGUUUGAUCGAUUGGGCUGUGCUUGCGCGUGUUUCCCAGUGUUCAGACACGCCCUGGACCGUCGACACGCCGCACGUUGAAAUCAUUGACCGCUAUCUGAUAGACAGGUGGACCGGGGGAAACCGCUUCUAUUCUCUCGAGAUCAAGCCAGAUCUGAAGCCCUGCGAUCCCGUGCCCGAAGGUACUGCUAAGGCUAAAGACAUGGACUCGAUAAUUAACUAUACCACGACUCAUCUCUAUAAGAAUUCCAAGCAGAAAAUGAAAUGGGAGGAUGAUCAGCCCGUCAUCCUCGCCCACAAGAUCCUUCAUCGACUGAACCUGCUCGACGAAAUUACGGAAAAAGAGAAGGGUGUGAAUACGACUGCCUACCUUUGUCCGCAACCUCUCAAGUUUUCCGCCUUGCCUACCACCGUUGUUGCAAUGGCUUAUUUGUUUCCGCCAUGUAUCAGUCGUAUCGAGUCGUACCUAAUAGCAGUGGAAGUAUGCGACCUCUUAGGCUUGGCUAUUCAGCCAGCGCUAGCUCUUGAGGCUCUGACCAAAGAUUCCGACAAUACCGACGAACACAGGAGCGAACAGAUCCAUUUGCAGAGGGGCAUGGGUAAGAACUACGAAAGACUUGAAUUCAUCGGAGAUUGCUUCUUGAAGAUGGCGACUUCGAUCUCAGUGUUCUGCAAGAGCCCAGAAGAAAAUGAGUACGAUUAUCAUGUGAAACGCAUGCUUAUGAUCUGCAACAAGAACCUGUUCAACACGGCGACGUUUCUCAAACUCCAAGAAUUCAUUCGCAGCACGAGUUUCUCAAGGCGCACAUGGUAUCCCCAGGGCAUCAAACUCCUGGAAGGUAAGGGUUCCAAAAAAAGUGGCGAAGUAACAUCACAACAUUCUCUUGGGGACAAGACGAUCGCGGAUGUUUGCGAAGCCUUGAUUGGUGCAGCUCUACUCUCGCACGAUAGUAUGGAUAUGGCGGUCAAAGCCGUGACGGCCUUCGUCUCCAAUCCCAAUCACGACGUUACUCAAUGGGAUGAUUAUUAUCGUCUUUACUCUUUGCCACGUUACCAGACAGCUCACCCUACGGCAUCGCAACUCAAUCUAGCAAUGCAAGUGGAGCGAGUGCAUCAAUACCGCUUCAAAUAUCCGAGACUGCUACGAUCGGCUUUCAUACACCCUUCGUAUCCUUUCGCAGAAGAGAGGAUCCCCUGCUAUCAACGACUCGAAUUCCUGGGUGAUGCGCUACUUGAUAUGGCAUCCAUAAGCUUCCUUUUUCAUCGCUAUCCUGACAGAGACCCGCAGUGGCUGACCGAGCACAAGAUGGCCAUGGUAUCCAACAAAUUUCUUGCCGCUGUCUCCGUCAAACUAGGCUUUCAUAAGCAUCUUCGUUCAAAUGGCGCAGUUAUCGAGAGCCAGAAUCGUGAAUACGUGCAAGAUCUUGAGGAGGUGGAGAAAGACGCCAAUGGGGCGCGGGACUAUUGGACUUUGACAAAAACAGCUCCAAAGGCUCUCUCUGAUAUCGUGGAGUCUUACAUCGGCGCCCUCUUUGUUGAUUCGGAGUUCAACUACGGAGAAGUUGAACGCUUCUUCAACGGGCACAUCAAAUGGUUUUUUGAAGACAUGAAAGUCUACGAUACCUACGCUAACAAUCAUCCUACGACAUACCUCCAUAACCUCCUCUCUCUCUCCUUCGGCUGCACCAACUACCGUAUCAUGGCCAGCGAGGUCCCAGCCAUCAUCCCGGGUGGUCUUCCAACUGCCAUAGCAGCCAUCAUGAUCCACGACGAGGUUGUGGCAGAAGGUACCGCUAGCUCUGGAAAGAACGCGAAGGUCAAAGCUAGUAGUCAGGCCCUCAAACUGCUGCAGAAUUUGGCACCAUUUGAGUAUCGGCACUCUUACGGAUGUAAUUGCGAGGGUAAGGAGCAAGAUUGGGUCGGCAAGGCCGGUGACGGCGUGGGUAUGGCGGGGCAACUGAAGAGGAGCAAUUGGGAUGAGAAGGAGGACGAUUCGCUGCGAGCUAAGAUUGCUAAAGGUGUGGAGAUUGCUAAAGGAAAGGAGGUGCGUUGA